AUGGUCGACGGCGAGCUUAUCGCGUACAGCGUCGCGUCUUUUGUUUGUGCGCUCUUCGUGCUCGAGUUUGGCGCCGACAAGUUCAUCGACCAUACCACCAUCGUAGCCAAUCGCACGGGCAUCCCGCAAGGAGUCAUUGCGCUGUUGACGGCGGGGGCAGAAUGGGAGGAGCUCGCCGUCGUCGCCAUCUCCAUUGCUCGCCACCGCUCUUCGCUUGCCCUAGGCAAUAUCGUCGGGUCUACCAUCUCGAACAUCCUCGGUGCCUUCUCUCUCGGUCUGCUGUUCCACCGCAACGGCAAUGGCAAGAUGUUUGACAGAAGCUGGAAGAUCUACUCCGGUCUGCUGCUCGUCCUGACCACACUCAUCGCCAGCCUUACCGGCUUCGCACAUGCGAUCAAGUGGAGGGUCGUUGGAAUAAUAGCCAUCGCAGUCUUCGCUAUCUAUGUCGUUUCCAUUGCAUGGACCAUCUAUAAGGGACUCAUCACAGCACCGGAGGCGUCCGACAGCGAAAGCAGCGACAAUGAAGACGACGACGAUACUCCUCGGCGGGAGGAUGCGCCGACACGUGAGGUUCGCGGGACCGAGCACCCGCUGAAAGAGAACGGUGCGGCUGACGAAGAGCAACACGGCAACAAGAAAAUCACCGCAGACGCCAUCGAACCACUGCCAGUGUCUGAGGGCGUAGACACUGUAAGAACGCCGGCACCAUAUGAUCCUGGCAGAACCUCAUCUUUGGCACGAAAAGAUACUGACGUCUCUGACAACUCCGCUGGCUCCAACGACCAUAGCCUCACGUACCAUCUAGCUCUUCUGAUAGUCGGCAUUCUCGCCGUCAUCCUCAGCGCCUACGUACUCUCCCACGCCGCCUCGACUCUGGUCAACGAGUCAGGCAUGUCGGACAUCGUGUUUGGUGUCGUCAUUCUCUCGCUCGCCACGACGGUGCCGGAAAAGUUCAUGGCUGUCGUCAGCGGCUACAGAGGCCAGAUGGGAAUUAUGGUUGCCAAUACCGUAGGCAGCAAUAUUUUCUUGUUGACGUUAUGCGUGGGCGUGCUCUGGGUAUCGACUGAUGGGAAUUACAAUCAGGGGUCGGUAAAGCCCGCCGAGAUUGGCGUCAUGUUCGGCUCAGCGGUGGUCAUGAAUCUGACGGUUUGGUUCGGAAGCGCUUGGGCCCGCUAUAUUGGUGCAGGUUUCUUAGCGGCAUACGUCGCUUUCUUGGUCUUGGAAUUCACAGUCAUUCACCACAACCGCUCAGCAACGCCUAGUAGCGGUGAAACGGCUGGCUAUUGUUCCAGUGGGCGACAAUCUCUGAAUUUACUGCCGCCCAACACAUCCCCCGAGCAACGCAAGAAAUUCCAAAAGCGUAGCACUUGCUCCACCCGAAAGCGAGCGAGGGAGCAGAUCGACCACGCGGCAGAAGACAAUUGUGUUGGGAAGCCUCGCAAGCGACAGCGAGUACUCAAAGCACAGCGCUCGACCACGCCUGGCACGUUCGUCGACGGAAGCGAGGGUCGAUCCCAUCUCAUUGCAUAUUGGGGUCGCCACGAACGGUGGCCCGGGUCCAAGUCUGAGGCGAUGGGAGACAUGCAACACAUCCUUGCUCGAAAGAGGUCGGUAUCUUCCAGAAGCAGAAAGAACUCGAAUGUAGACUCCGCUACGCCCAGCUCGGACGGCCAGAGCGGGCAGAUAUCGCGAGAGCAAAAGAACGCUGGGUACAACAGGCCGGAAUACAGACUUCUCCUGGAGAAGAAGCACGUCCACAUGGGAAAGUCAAAGCUUGGCAUUCUAGAUUCCACUAAGAUUCUCUGCCAAAAGCUGCUUUCUGAACAACAGAGCCGUCCAAGAGACACCUUGUUCGAUGACGACAUACUCGAUGAAACGUGCAAGAUGGUGGAAGACAGGAAUGAAGCUAAGAUCAUCCAAGACAUCACACGACUAAUCGUUCCAUCAGCUCAGGUUUUGGCUCUUCGUGCUCCCGCUCUUCAAUGUCUGGUGGAGACCGUGAAUGAAGGCUGGAGCAAAUGCAUCUCGGUCACCGAGACGAGACCACAGCCGGACUCCGCAGUCGGUUUCCGCCGGAAGGCCUUCACGCAAAUUCAGCUCGACCGUAUGCAGCCUGUUACCGGGAGCAUCUUGGAACAGUCCUACUCUAUGGCCAACUGGUACAUGUACUUUCCCGUCUUGACCUGCGAAGUCAAAUGCGGCGCGGCCGCGCUUGACAUUGCUGACCGGCAGAACGCCCACAGUGCGGCCGUCGGGGCGAGAGCUGUCGUGGAGCUCUUUCAGACGGUGAAGCGCGAGACGGAACUCCACCGGGACACCCUCGCCUUCUCCGUCUCGCAUGAUCAUCGAAGUGUCAGAUUGUACGGCCGUUAUGCAGAGAUGGAUGGUCCUGAGACCAAAUACUACCGUCACCUCAUUCGCACGUUCGACUUCACCGAAUUGGACGGCAAGGAGAAGUGGAUGGCCCACAAUUACAGAGGCGUGCUCGCAAAAUUAGUCUUGGCGUAG